UCUCAGUACAACUUCCAACGUUGUACCGUUGGGAUGUGUUCACUGUUCAUCCUUAGAAAUAUAUCUAAAUAGUUAAAAAUUAAUUAAAAAAUAGUUUUUAAGUUGCUAGCAACUGGUUUUUUAUAAACUAAAAAAAUUUUUUUAGUUACAUAACUGGUGGUCGAAUGAGAUGGCAUAAGUGUCCUCCUGAUGUAACUCCUUGGCAACGUUCGCCACACAUGUGAUAGUUCAACAUAAGUGAGAUAGUGUAGGCAGUUUCGAAAAGGUUACCUCGCGAAGGACUACAUUUAUCAACGUUUUUUUUUAUUUCAAUUGAAGAAAGAAACAAUGGCAAAGGAGUCAUUAAAACUCGAGCCCUUGGGAAAAAAGUACAAUGAAGAAGCGGGACCCGGGAGUCCAGCGUUGGCUGGAGAUGAGUUUUACGAUCCCCAUUUGCACCGUAACGCCCCCGCUCCAACAACGAAUACGGAGACCAUGAUCCAUCUUUUAAAAGGUAGUUUAGGAACUGGUAUUCUAGCUAUGCCUUAUGCCUUUAAAAACUCGGGGUUGAUAAAUGGUUUUGUAUUUACAAUAAUAAUCGGAUUCAUAUGUACAUAUUGUCUACACGUCCUGGUUAACGCUCAAUAUGUUCUUUGCAAACGAAUUAAAGUUCCAAUGCUAACAUAUCCUGAAUCUAUGAAGUUAGCUUUAGAAACCGGUCCACCGUGCCUUCGGCCUUUUGCGAAAUAUUCGCCGUAUCUAGUCGACGUCUUCUUGGUUCUUUACCAACUAGGUAUAUGUUGCGUAUAUGUACUUUUCGUCGCAAAAAAUUUAAAAGACGUCUGUGAUGAGCUAACCGGCUCCGAUCUUAGCCUGAACAUAUACAUGCUCAUCCUAUUGAUACCGUUCAUUUUAAUCAAUUCGAUAAGAAAUCUUAAACUUCUCGCACCGUUUUCAAUCCUCGCCAAUAUCAUCACGUUUGCUUCCUUUGGAGUGGUCCUAUAUUAUAUAUUCGAGGAUCUUCCUCCAAUUUCCAAUGUACCCACAUUUAGUACAUUGUAUAAAUUCCCAUUAUUUUUUGGAACGACGCUUUUUGCGCUAGAAGCUGUUGGUGUGGUUAUAGCUGUUGAAAACAACAUGAAAACGCCAAAGUCAUUCGGCGGUUAUUGUGGCGUUCUUAAUAUGUCAAUGGUUGUUAUCGUACUUUUGUAUGUUGGUUUGGGUUUCCUUGGUUAUUGGAGAUAUGGAGAAAAUUCAGCGGAUUCUAUAACACUUAAUUUCCCAAAAGAAGACAUUCCUGCUAAAGCUGUAAAACUUCUUUAUUCACUCGCUAUAUUUAUUUCUUAUGGUUUACAAGGGUACGUACCAGUUCAAAUUAUGUGGGACACAUACAUAGUAAAACAUUUAGAAAACAGCAGCCACCAAUUGCUUUGGGAAUAUGUUUUAAGAAUAAUUGCUGUGAUUAUUUCAUUUGUACUCGCUGCAACAAUACCUCUUCUAGCUUUAUUCAUUGCUCUCUUUGGUUCUUUCUGCCUUUCAGCUUUAGGAAUAGCUUUUCCAGCCAUAAUGGAAAUAUGCGUUAAUUACUCAGAUAAACUCAGUGGCUUAAAUCUUACGAAAAAUGUUGCUUUGAUUAUUUUCGGCCUCGUAGGUCUUUUGGCUGGUAGUUACAGUUGCCUCUCUGAAAUUAUCAUAGAAUUGAGCAAAGGAAGUUAACUCAGAGCUUCCAUAAUCAACUAUACAUAGCUCUGUUACGCGUUCAGUUAGUAUUAUGUACCUUAUUUUAUAUUAUUCGUUCAUGUAGACAAGAUUUCAAAAAAUUAGUUUAUUGAUAAAUAAAUUAACAGGCUUUUUUUAGUCGAUUCUUUCUUAUCAUACUUUGUAAUAUUAUCUUAUUCAAAUAUUUUAUUUGUAUGUACUUUUACGUUUAAUGUUAUCAUUCAUAAAGACUGUUUCAAAUAUAUAGAAGUUUUGUUUAUAUAUUAAAUGGAAUCAAUCGAAUUUAAUUAAUAAUCGAAUUAAUUUGUUGAUUUAGUUUAUCGUUUUGUUUGUUUUAUGGAGCAAUAAAAUAUUAAAUUGUUUUUGCGUUAUUUAUUUACCGCAAUUUGUUUCAUCUAAGUAAUUAUCCGUUUUUCUGUUUUCUUUUUAAAUUUAUCGGAAUGAUCCAGAUAUCAAAAAUAACAUUAUUUAGGUUAGUUAGCUUAAUUUAUCUCAUGAUGUAACAUAUCCAAUCUAUUAUGUAAGUAAUUAAAAUAUAGAUGACCUAAUAAACGUCUUGAAAUAUCAGCCUGA